AUGAUAUUAGACGCGCUUUCGAAGUAUCAUCCGACCUAUCUACCACGAACAACACAGCAGAUUUCGCCGACGCGAUCCUCCCGAUUGUCGGCCCCUUGCACAACAGCCUUUCUCAGCCCCUUAUCAAAUUCUUAUCCCAUACCUUCGAUGACCAGCCUUCCUGAAGCAGAGCCCGCCUCCGAACAAGGAGCCAGUUCGUCGAUGGACCUUACAGAGGAGGAGGCUACGCGAUAUGACAGGCAGAUGAGACUCUGGGGAAUUGAGGCUCAACAACGAAUGAGAAACGCAACCAUCUUGGUCCUUCGACUACGCGGCAUUGCCACCGAAGCUAUCAAGAACAUGGUUCUAGCUGGUAUUGGGAAGUUGAUUAUAGUAGACGAAGGAAUCGUGGACGAGGAGGACCUUGGAGCAGGAUUCUUUUUCAGAGAUGGGGAUGUUGGGAUGAAGAGACUGGACGUCGCCAAAUCGAGAAUCGAGAGCCUCAAUCCCCUCGUGACGGUGGAGGCAAUAACGGACACUUCGGCUUCCGACGACAAACGACUUGAAGCCGUUGUCAAAAGGGCGGACCUUGUGUGUGUAACGGACUGGGAUCGCGACGGUCUUAUGCGAAUAAAUGACUUAUGCCGAGGACACCAUAAACGGUUCUACGCCGGUGGAACUUACGGCCUUAUUGGCUACAUUUUUUGUGACCUUUUAAGUCAUGAAUACCUCGCCCCUGAUAGAUCUGCUCCAAAAGACCAGCCAAGAACAGUCAAAGCUGUGGCUGAGUACCCACCACUUUCGUUGGCGAUCAUUUCUAGGUGGAGUACUCUCACCAAGCGACAGACGAAAGAAGUAAACCCAGCGCUCUUCUUUGCAAUCAUGGCAAUCUGGCAGUUUGAGUCGAAACAUUCGCGAUUACCCAACGACGUUAGCGACACAAACGAACUCGAGGCUAUGUCGAAUUCUCUCAUUUCAGAGGCCGAUGUGAACAAGCAGGUGCUCACUACUGUACCUCGAGAGCUAAUUGAACCUUUGUCAACGACCGCUUCCCACGAGUUCUCUCCAGUAUGCGCCAUCGUCGGAGGGAUGCUUGCGCAGGAUAUCCUCAAAGCUCUUGGCGGUCGCGAACCUCCUAUAGCCAACUUCUUCGUAUUCGACGGUAAUACGGGUGGGGGAACUGUGUGCCGACUUAGCAUGCCCUAA